UGUAAAUUGUUGUUUUGGAAGUGGACUUCUCCUUUAAGUCGAACACACCUAUUUUCUUCUGUCUUCCAGCUUGUAUUUCCACAGCAUAUUAGUAUGAUAUUACAGAAUUUAUGAAUGAACUGCUCAUUAAUCUACCCUUCUACUAACAUUUAUUAUGACAUCCACUUCAAACAUUAAGAUGGCUGUGCACUUGUUUCUCUGCCACAUAAGGUUUGUUGAGGGCAAAGGAGAGUUCGUAGCAGGUGAGGUUUACCACAGACAGAUAUUUGAGGUCUAAUAAAUGCAGCAACUGUUUUGAGCUGUAUGUGUUUGUAAGGCUGGCCUUGUAUGUGGUAUGUAUUAAAAUCAUUUUUGUCUUCUCUUUCCAGCAGACUAACUUUGGCAUCACUAACCACCAUUUGACUUCUGUCCUCUAGUUCUUCUCAUUUCUGAUAUUCUUCAUUAGCUGUGCCAGACAGAUAUACAUUAUGGCUGAGCAUAAAGGCAACAGGGAAACUCAGGCUUAUAGACAGGAACCUGGAGAAAAGGACAAACAUGGCAAGUCACCAAAACGCGACAAUCUUCAGCUGCAGCAUGAUUGUAAGAGAAAAGAUGCUGAGAAAAAAGAAAUGGACAAUAAAUUGUUCCAAUGUGAAGACAAGGAUCAAAACAAAUUGGAAAGCAUCCAUAAGCUUUUCAGUAGACUCAAACUCAAUUGUGAAAAAUCUUACAAACUGAGGUCAAGAGACUUUCUGCAGGUAUCUCCAUCAAUACAAAGACAUGAACCUUGUAAUGAGAAGAAUUUGGUUCAAACUUAUAUACAAAGCCUCCUGAUGGCAGAUUACACAGCAAGAUACAUUCCAAUAGAAGAGGAACAAAGUGAGGUGCUUAAAGCGAAAGGCGCCAUGGCUACUGAUGUGCUAGGGGGUGAUGCCUUUGAAAAAAUUUUCAAGAGGUCUGUGCAUGUUGAUACAGGCAAAAUACAGCCCAUUCACCCAAUGGACAUUCAGAUGGCGGUGUUUCUCUCUGCAGAUAGUUUCCUUCGUCAGCUCAUGGUAGCAAAACUCUCACAAUGUCAGUAUGCUCUUCCUCUGCUUGUACCCAAUCUGCUUAACCAAGAGAUUGAAUUUCCCCUGUGGACCUUCCGACAAUUUAAGAAAAGCUGGAAGUCACACAAAGAAAACAUCAGUAAAAACCAGACAAUCUACAAGGCUAAGACACCUAUGGUUGCAUUUUUUAGGUUUUCAGAAAUUUCUUCAUCCAAGUCCGAACUAAUGAACAACCUGAUCAAUGAACGGCAUGAAACAUUUUUUCACAGACACAGUCGUGGAAGCAGCAAAUCCCGCCUGUUGAUGGAUGGAGUGGUUGAGAUCGCCUGGUACUGUCCGUCUGGAGAGAAAACUGAUAAAUUCACAGACUGUGUUGCAUUCUGUAAUCUUCAUGGCAAUGCACAAGAUAAUGAGACACAACUAAAAAUUCUGACUGAAGAGUCCUCAAUAAAUGUGGUGCUUUUGCCAAAUCUUGAUAGGAGUGAUAAAAGUAUGGCAACAGUGGAAAAGCUCUACAACAGCACAAAGCCUCUCAUUUGCCUUUUGACUGAAGAUGAGUCGGGUGUUACCAGGCUGCAGGAAGGCAAAUAUAAAGUUGGCUUGAAAGAGAGAAAUAGGUCCGACGUAUCUGAGGAUGUUAGAAAAACCAUCAAUGAGUGCCUCUCAAAACCGUUGUCGGUUUUCACACUUGAGAACAUCAGUGAACAUUCAGGAAUCAAAGUGGAUGAGAAUGAUGACAACUGCAGGAAAGGAAAAAAGGCAGCAGAGCAGAUAAUGAGACUACUGGAGAAAAUGGAAAUGACCAAAAUCAAAACAAAUAUUCUGCCUUUGCAGGGAAAACUGUGGCAUGAAUGGUGUCUAAAGAACAAAGAACUACAUCGCCCACAAGGGGAUAACAUUGAAAUGCACAAUAGCGAAAAACAAACAGAAAUGCAAAAGAUCCGUAAGCAGCAGAAAGCAUCUGACCUCAGUAAUUUUAUGAAAAUGUUUAUUGAUAAACUGAAUUCCGUAAAUGCUGAUGAGAUGUUGUAUUUCCUUAAAUGGCUUGGGAUCCUCCUGGAUGAGUACACUUCAAAAGAUCUCGGCAUGCUUCAUCAUGAUUAUUAUGAAAAAUGGUCAAAAGUGCUGGAUUUGAAAAAGGAACAUGAAAAUGAACAACUCACAGCAGAAAAGAUACAGCUAGAGAAGCUAUCAGAAAAACUGAAUGCAGCAACAUUUGGCUUGGAGCACAUACUAAGUGAAAUUGGCCAGAUAUAUGAAUCAGGUGUAUCUGUGAAGAAAAAUAAACAAUUUGGAUGUAAAUUAGAUGUCAAGUCUUUCCCACAGUUUGUUGCAGAGCUCAUGAUCUCCGGAUACCCACUGGAGCUGAUGGAUGGUGAUGCAGCUCAUGUGCCUCUGAUUUGGGUUCAAGCGGUUUUAGAUGAACUUAUCAAAAUGCUGGGAGCAAGAGUCUUUGUGUUGUCAAUUUUGGGCAUUCAGAGCACUGGAAAGUCCACUAUGCUGAAUGUCAUGUUUGGACUGCAGUUUGCAGUCAGCGCUGGAAGGUGCACCAGAGGAGCCUUCAUGCAGCUGGUCAAGGUGUCUGAAGAACUAAAACAGUUAAACUUUGACUACAUUCUUGUUGUAGAUACUGAGGGUCUUCAUGCUCUAGAGUUGGCUGGCAGAUCAACAAGAAAUCAUGAUAAUGAAAUGGCAACGUUUGUUGUUGGUCUUGGAAACAUGACUCUAAUCAAUAUCUUUGGAGAGAAUCCAGCUGAGAUGCAGGACAUCCUUCAGAUUGUUGUUCAAGCCUUCCUGAGGAUGAAGAAGGUUCGACUGAACCCCAGCUGCAUGUUUGUGCAUCAGAACGUUGGAGACAUCACAGCAGGCGAGAAGAACAUGGUAGGGAAAAGGCACUUGCAGGAGAAACUAGAUGAGAUGACUCAACUAGCGGCUAAAGAAGAAAUCUGUGAUGCAGAAUGUUUCAGUGAUGUCAUUAAAUUUGAUAUAAAGACUGAUGUGAGGUACUUUGCCCAGCUCUGGGAAGGCAGCCCACCCAUGGCACCACCCAAUCCAUGUUACAGUGAAAAUGUGCAGGAGCUUAAGAGCACUAUUCUCUCUCAUGCCUCAAAAAGUAAGGGUGUCACACUGGCACAAUUCAGAGAUCGUAUUGAAGACCUCUGGAAUGCUCUUCUGAAUGAAAACUUUGUUUUCAGCUUCAAAAAUACUUUGGAAAUUGUAACAUACAGGAAAUUGGAAGAGGAGUACGCAAAGUGGACCUGGAGUCUCAGAAGUGCCAUGUUGGAGAUUGAAGAUAAACUGCACAACAGAAUCAACAACAGGCAACUACAUAAAGUUGAGAGUAGAGAACUGGAAGAGGAGAUGGCAAAGACCUUUGAAAAGGUGAAAAGCUCCAUGAACCAUUAUUUUGAAGAACAUAAAGAAAAAGAGAUGCUAAUUCAGUGGAAACUCAAAUUUCAUGAGAAAAUCAAGCACCUUUACUGGGAGCUUGUAAGAGACACAAAAACUAAAUUUGAGAACAUCAUCUGCCAAAAGGAAGCUCUCACCAAACUGGAUGGAGAGAAAAACCUGCAUGAAAGAAGACUCCUAGAGAAAAGCAAAGAGCUUGCUUUCAGUCUUAAAGACAAGGCUCUUGAUGAGAAUGAGUUGAGAACACUGUUUGAUUCAGUUUGGGAAAAGUGGGUCUCUGAGCUGACAGGAGAUGUUCCACCUCUUAAAGAAAUCAAUAUAGCACAUGACAUAAUUACAAUCCUAUAUGAAAUUCAUGAAAAAGCACUUGUGCGUGACAGAUUAAAUAAAUUUGAAAACAUUGUUCAUGUGUCUGAUUUCACUUCAUAUGUAAAUCCCAUCAACAAAUUAAACAGAAGUUCCAUUAAUUCCACACCACUGUUACCACCAGAAGAACAAGACUUAAUAAAACAACUAAUGCACAAUGUCUGGCGUCAAACUGAGAACCAGGUGAAGUCAAAAUCAGUUUCAAAAACUGGUUAUAACAAAAGUUAUAUUCAAGAAAUUGUACAACUUGUAAAAAUUAAUCUUGGAGGGCACAAGUGCAUGUACAUAAAAUAUGAGUUCAAGAAAGAGUUCAUUCUUGAUUUGACACUUUAUAUGUGCAAAGAGGCGGGUAUGAGGUUUGCAGAACUCCAUCAGGUUUUUAGAAAGGCUAAUGAUCCUGUGAUUUAUUUAGAGAAGAAGAAACCAGAAUACUACAGGGUCUUCAAAGGAUUCUGUGAAGGUGCAGAAUCUGCUGCAGUAUUUGGAGCCUUGAUUUGUAGUGAGCUGAAAAACCCCAUUCUCCAGAGUGUCUACAACAAGACUGCAAAUGAUCUAGCAGGUGAGAUGAGGACAAACAUUCCAGCUUUCAAAGGCAACAGGUCAAACCUGGAGAAACACAUUCUGAAAGCACUAGCAGAGGAGGAGACUUUCAAAAAUUUAUUGAAGUACAUUGAUGAUCCCAAGGACCACUUUGAAAAUUUCAUUCAAUGUGAAGUGAAAGCAUACAUAACAGAGGGUAACUCAUCAGCUCUUUCAAUGAUUAAAGAAAAUAUUAGACACAAGGAGCAAUGUGUCAUCACAGCUGCUAAAAGGGCAACAGCUGAAGUCUUGAGAAAAGAUGAAGAUGCAAAUAUGUGGCUGGAGAUUUUCUCAGACUGUCUGAAAGAUGAUCUUGAAUACAAUAAAGAACAUCUCACUGGCAGCUGCUGUCAGGACAUCACUGACUUUGAACUUCUGGAAGAGGUUGUGAAAAGAAAACUUAGCCCCAUCACAGAAGAACUGAACAAAUGUUUAACAAAACUCUCUGAUAUUGAAAUAAAAAUGUUCAGGGAACCACCAGAUGAGAUUUUGAUUGAACAUUUCUGCCACUGCUGCUGGGUUCAAUGCCCCUUCUGUAAUGUUGUCUGUGUUAACACAAUGGAGGACCAUCCUGGAGAUCAUAUUGCUCCCUUCCAUCGUAACUGUGGGAUGAAUGGAAUGAUUUACAGAGGUACAACUAAUCUUUGCUUGGACUUCUGCACAUCUUCAGUGGCAAGUGACGUCAAGCGUUUUUACCCAGAUUGCACAUCAGAUGUGAAAGUUUUAUGGAAAGAGUACAGAACAGCAGGCCCAGAGUUUGAGAAAUGGUCCAUCACGCCUGAUCUCUCAGAGCUGCCAUACUGGAAGUGGUUUGUGUGUCGAUUCCAGGCUGAUUUGGAGAAGUAUUAUAACAAAACCUUCAGUGGCUGUGGUACGAUUCCAAACGAAUGGAGAUCCUACACAAAAGAGCAAGCUAUGGAGAGUUUGGAGAAAUACCUGUAAAUUUAAGCAUUGCCUUAAGUUUUUCAAUAAACUCAAAGAGGGAAAAAAGUGUCCUGUAAAGCUUGGAGCUUAUUACCAAUAGGUUUUAUUUUUCUCACCACUUACAAGCCUUAAAAGAGAUUAAAAUAGAGAUUAAAAUAAAGAGAUUUCAUUAUAAUUACAAUUUUGUAAGAUUUUUAAUUCCUUUAUACAGAAAUUAUUAUAUAUACCAUUA